UGUGUGUGUGUGUGUGUGUGUGUGUGUGUGUGUGUGUGUGUGUGUGUGUACGCGCGCGCGCGCGCGAGUGUAGAAUGCGAAGGAAGGAGGGGAGGUCAAGAAUUUCCUGGCGCUGCAAGGAAAGGUGUCGCCUCCUAGCUCUGAGCGCUGUCCAGGGUUCUGACAUUUGAGUGGCUCAGGCGGUUGAGCCAAAGGCGACCCCCAUGCCUAGCUAUCUUUCUUCCAUUUCUUACAGUGAUGCAAAGCCCCAAGGGUUCUGAUACAUAGGCGGUUGCAGGAUACCCUCCUCUUCCCCAACCCCAUCUCGAAAAGCAAGUUACCUUCUGUACUCCUUCUUGAACAUCUACAGUAAGCUUCAUUUCUUAGGGGGUGCAAUAUAGCAAGCCCCAACACAGGGAGGCUACCAGGCGUUGCCUUAGUAACUAAUAUGGCUUUUCCACAAGCUGUCGCAUUUACAUUUACUACUAAAAUUGUGUGUCGGGGUCUCUUCAACCCUUAAAUGUUAAAAUAAAAGGUGUUCCCAUUGUUUGAGUUGCUUUUUAAAAACAACGCUUCUACCUCCCAAAGAGUUCUCCAAUUUUCUUCUGGGAAAAAAGUUGAUCUUUUCAAAACCAGGAAAGUUCUCUGAGGUUGAAGAACUUAGCUCCUCCCCUCUUUUCCGUCCCUCCCCUUGACGCCCCCAUCACCUGAGAAAGCUUGGUAGGUUUGAAGGAACCGAGAGAACCUGAGGCUGGAGAAGGGGGCGGGUCAGCAGGGCUUUGCACCUCAAAGGACCCGAGCGAGCAUAGCAGGCAAGCAGGGCACACUUUCGUCAUUGACCAGAGAUGCCUCUAGCUGUUUUUGAAGGAUGUGUUGAGGUGAAGCGGACCGGACAAUAUUUAGCAUCCCAGACCCUGGAGUUUAAAAUACAAUUCCUCCGGUAGCCUGGCAUUGACUUCCCUCUUUUUCCACCAUCAGCGUCCAGCUUAUGGCCACUAACGCGCCGCUCAUUGCACACCUGAUUCACACACCUUCGGGCACCAGUGAAAAAACCGCGACUUGAUUUUCUGGAAGAACACCCCUAGGGUUUGGGAGCGGUCGUGGAGGACCAGCAGGAAGAAGCGGAGGGGAGAGGGGCGGUGGUGGAGACUGAGAAGCUUUGAACCAGCUGUGUUGGCCAAAGGCACGAAGCGGCAAAAGACAGCGGCGGGCGUCAGGGUGGUUCGCGCUGGGAACCUGCAGGCGGGACCGGCGUGGGAACGUGGCUUGCCGGCGGUCGACCGCGUCUUCGCCACAAUGGUCCGGCUCCUCUUGAUUUUCUUCCCAAUGAUCUUUUUGGAGAUGUCCAUUUUGCCCAGGAUGCCUGACAGAAAAGUACUGCUGGCAGGUGCCUCGUCCCAGCGCUCUGUGGCGAGAAUGGACGGAGAUGUCAUCAUCGGAGCCCUCUUCUCAGUCCAUCACCAGCCUCCAGCCGAAAAGGUACCGGAAAGGAAGUGUGGGGAGAUCAGAGAACAGUAUGGUAUCCAGAGAGUGGAGGCCAUGUUCCACACAUUAGAUAAGAUUAAUGCGGACCCGGUGCUCCUGCCCAACAUCACUCUGGGCAGUGAGAUCCGGGACUCCUGCUGGCACUCUUCUGUGGCUCUGGAACAGAGCAUUGAGUUCAUCAGAGACUCCCUGAUUUCCAUCCGAGAUGAGAAGGAUGGACUGAACCGCUGCCUGCCUGAUGGCCAGACCCUACCCCCAGGCAGGACUAAGAAGCCUAUUGCUGGAGUGAUCGGCCCUGGCUCCAGCUCUGUGGCCAUUCAAGUCCAGAAUCUUCUGCAGCUGUUCGACAUCCCACAAAUCGCCUAUUCUGCCACGAGCAUAGACCUGAGCGACAAAACUUUGUACAAAUACUUCCUGAGGGUGGUCCCUUCUGACACUUUGCAGGCAAGGGCGAUGCUUGAUAUCGUCAAGCGGUACAACUGGACCUAUGUCUCUGCAGUCCACACAGAAGGGAAUUACGGCGAGAGUGGAAUGGAUGCUUUCAAAGAGUUGGCUGCCCAGGAAGGACUCUGCAUCGCACACUCGGACAAAAUCUACAGCAAUGCUGGCGAGAAGAGCUUUGAUCGGCUUCUGCGCAAGCUCCGAGAGCGGCUUCCCAAGGCCAGGGUUGUGGUCUGCUUCUGCGAGGGCAUGACAGUGCGGGGGUUACUGAGUGCCAUGCGCCGCCUUGGCGUCGUGGGAGAGUUCUCACUCAUUGGAAGUGAUGGAUGGGCAGACAGAGAUGAAGUCAUCGAAGGCUAUGAGGUGGAAGCCAAUGGGGGAAUCACAAUAAAGCUGCAGUCUCCAGAGGUCAGGUCGUUUGAUGACUACUUUCUGAAGCUGAGGCUGGACACCAACACGAGGAAUCCUUGGUUCCCUGAGUUCUGGCAACAUCGCUUCCAGUGUCGCCUACCUGGACACCUCUUGGAAAACCCCAACUUUAAAAAAGUCUGCACAGGAAAUGAAAGCUUGGAAGAAAAUUAUGUCCAGGACAGCAAAAUGGGAUUUGUCAUCAACGCCAUCUAUGCCAUGGCACACGGCCUACAGAACAUGCACCAUGCUCUAUGUCCUGGCUACGUGGGCCUUUGUGAUGCCAUGAAGCCCAUUGACGGCAGGAAGCUCCUGGAUUUCCUCAUCAAAUCCUCUUUUGUUGGAGUGUCUGGAGAGGAGGUCUGGUUCGAUGAGAAGGGGGAUGCACCUGGAAGGUAUGACAUUAUGAAUCUGCAGUACACAGAGGCUAAUCGCUAUGACUAUGUCCAUGUGGGAACCUGGCAUGAAGGUGUGCUGAAUAUCGAUGAUUACAAAAUCCAGAUGAACAAAAGCGGAAUGGUACGAUCUGUGUGCAGCGAGCCUUGCUUAAAGGGUCAGAUUAAGGUCAUACGGAAAGGGGAAGUGAGCUGCUGCUGGAUCUGCACAGCCUGCAAAGAGAAUGAGUUUGUGCAAGAUGAGUUUACCUGCAGAGCCUGUGACCUGGGGUGGUGGCCCAAUGCAGAGCUCACAGGCUGUGAGCCCAUUACUAUCCGUUACCUCGAGUGGAGUGACAUAGAAUCCAUCAUAGCCAUCGCCUUUUCUUGCCUGGGCAUCCUCGUGACGCUAUUUGUCACCCUCAUCUUUGUGCUGUACCGGGACACACCUGUGGUCAAAUCCUCCAGUAGAGAGCUCUGCUAUAUCAUUCUGGCUGGUAUUUUCCUCGGCUACGUAUGCCCUUUCACCCUCAUCGCCAAACCUACUACCACAUCCUGCUACCUCCAGCGCCUCCUAGUUGGCCUCUCUUCUGCCAUGUGCUACUCUGCUCUUGUGACCAAAACCAAUCGUAUUGCACGCAUCCUGGCUGGCAGCAAGAAGAAGAUCUGUACCCGGAAGCCCAGGUUCAUGAGCGCUUGGGCCCAAGUGAUCAUAGCCUCCAUUCUGAUUAGUGUACAGCUGACACUAGUGGUGACCUUGAUCAUCAUGGAGCCUCCCAUGCCCAUUUUGUCCUACCCGAGCAUCAAGGAAGUCUAUCUUAUCUGCAAUACCAGCAACCUGGGUGUAGUGGCACCUGUGGGUUACAACGGACUUCUCAUCAUGAGCUGUACCUACUAUGCCUUCAAGACCCGCAACGUGCCGGCCAAUUUCAAUGAGGCUAAAUACAUCGCCUUCACUAUGUACACCACCUGCAUCAUCUGGCUGGCUUUUGUUCCCAUUUACUUUGGGAGCAACUACAAGAUUAUCACUACCUGCUUCGCAGUGAGCCUCAGUGUGACGGUGGCCCUGGGCUGCAUGUUCACUCCCAAGAUGUACAUCAUUAUUGCCAAACCCGAGAGGAAUGUCCGCAGUGCCUUCACCACCUCUGAUGUAGUGCGCAUGCACGUCGGUGACGGCAAGCUGCCAUGCCGCUCCAACACCUUCCUCAACAUUUUCCGGAGAAAGAAGCCUGGGGCAGGGAACGCCAAGAAGAGGCAGCCAGAAUUCUCGCCCAGCAGCCAGUGUCCGUCGGCACAUGUGCAGCUUUGAAAACCCCCACACUGCAGUGAAUGUUUCUAACGGCAAGUCUGUGUCAUGGUCUGAACCAGGUGGAAGACAGGCGCCCAAGGGACAGCAUGUGUGGCAGCGCCUCUCUGUGCACGUGAAGACCAAUGAGACGGCCUGUAACCAAACAGCCGUAAUUAAACCCCUCACUAAAAGUUACCAAGGCUCUGGCAAGAGUCUGACCUUUUCAGACGCCAGCACCAAGACCCUUUACAACGUGGAGGAAGAGGACAAUACCCCUUCAACUCACUUCAGCCCUCCCAGCAGCCCUUCCAUGGUGGUGCACCGACGCGGGCCACCCGUGGCCACCACGCCACCUCUGCCACCCCACCUUAGCGCAGAAGAGACGCCCUUGUUCCUGGCUGAUUCUGUCAUCCCCAAGGGCUUGCCUCCUCCUCUCCCGCAGCAGCAACAGCAGCCGCCCCCUCAGCCGCCUCCGCAGCAGCCCAAAUCCCUGAUGGACCAGCUGCAAGGCGUGGUCACCAACUUUGGCUCUGGGAUUCCAGACUUCCACGCGGUGCUGGCAGGCCCGGGGACACCAGGGAACGGGCUGCGCUCCCUGUACCCGCCCCCGCCUCCACCGCAACACCUGCAGAUGUUGCCCCUGCAGCUGAGCACCUUCCGAGAGGAGCCCAUCUCCCCUCCGGGGGAGGACGACGAUGAUGACAGCAGCGAGAGGUUCAAGCUCCUGCAGGAGUUCGUGUAUGAGCGUGAAGGGAACACGGAGGAAGACGAUCUGGAAGAGGAGGAGGACCUGCCUGCAGCCAGCAAGCUGACGCCUGAGGAUUCGCCUGCCCUGACGCCCCCUUCUCCUUUCCGAGAUUCCGUGGCCUCUGGCAGCUCAGUGCCCAGUUCCCCAGUGUCUGAGUCAGUGCUCUGCACCCCUCCAAAUGUGACCUAUGCCUCUGUCAUUCUGAGGGACUACAAGCAAAGCUCUUCCACUCUGUAGUAAGGGGGGAGUAUGCGUGGAGAAGCCAGAGAUGCCAAGGAGUGUCAACCCUUUCAGAAAUGUGUAGAAAGCAAGGGGGUGGGGUGGGAUGGAGGACCACAGUCUGCAGGGAAGAAAAAAAAGAAAAGAAAAGGAAAGGAAAGGAAAGGAAAGGAAAGGAAAGGAAAGGAAAGGAAAGGAAAGGAAAGGAAAGGAAAGGAAAGGAAAAAAGAUGCGGCUGCCUUAAAGAGGGAGAGGGAAGAUGCCAACUGAACAGUGGUCCCGGCCAGGACUGUGACUCUUGAAUUAUUCAAAAACCUUCUCUAGAAAGAAAGGGAAUUAUGACAAAGCACAAUUCCAUAUGGUAUGUAACUUUUAUCGAAAAAAAUAAUAAAACGUAAAAAUAAAAUCAACAAAAAUAAUCUCUUCGUUUGCUCAGUCGUGCAUACAUAUAUCUGCCCACACUCUCGUGGUGAAACUAGAGACGGAGCGGGCCCUGCCAUGGCGCCAGCUGAAUCAUAAAUUCGUCAUCCCAGUGAGUGGAUGAAGAGAGGGCAGGACAUGGGGAUUGGUUCGGACUACAGUUCCCAUCUCAGACCUUGUCUGUGCUGAGCCUGCAGACUCCUGGACUAAGGAAGACCCAGGAACUGACCUCAUGAGGGUCCCGUUCCACUGCUGUGAUCCAGUGCCAGCCUUUAGUUGCCCGGGAUAAAGGCACAGUAACCUUUUGCAUUUCUGUGAUUCCCUGUGUUUAGGAAAAUGAAAGUCUGAGCAAAGUCAUCUCCAAAAUGAGCUUCAUCAGAAGUGCUAUGGGGAGUAAAGAGAGAAGCGAGACGAUAUGUACGCACAGGGCCAUGAACGAGGUGAGGUACCAGCUUCUUCACAGAUUCCAUACUUGUGUACUGAUACUUUUGGAGAGGAGUGUCAGAAGCCGUUUGUGAACUCACUUGCACUGUGCCAACCAGGUUCUCCACUGCCCUCCAGCAGAAGAGGACAAGCCGCAUUACCAUGUUUUACCUUCCAUUUACUGUAGCAAAUAAUACCAACCAGUUGAACUUCUAAGAUUCAGUUUCAGUACAAUGCGGUGCCGCUGUUUCUCCCAUGUGCUAUGGAAAUGAAUCUAUCUUUGAACUUAAUGGUGUAUUCAUAGCAACUAUUACUGGUUUAGAUUUUCCCCCUAUUGUCACAGGAGUCCCUGGAACUAGCAACUGAAUGUGUUUUCCUGUGUUCCUUGUAUACAUGUGAUUAUGAAAUUUGUGCCAUUUAAUGUCAAUCUAGCUGCCACUAGAAAAUCGUCUUUCAGAUAUAGUAUAAAUGUUUUUAUGUACCAGUGAGGUACCAGUGUCUCUCUGGAGGUUGGAUCUGUGGUCUGAUGUUUCUCACAUGCAGCUUCGAUGGGAAAUCUUCUAAGUGAAAAUUAUUUUUCAGAUAUUUUAUGAAACGAGAAUGUUAUUAAUGAAGAAGUUUGAAAGGGCAUUGUUUAAAAAGAUCACCAAGCAGUGGGUGACAGUAAAGGGUCCAUUUUUUAUAACUUGCACACAUUGUUAUUAAAAUGUAAGGUUGAAAGGGCAAUAUUUAGAAUACUUCAGAUAUAUUUUUAAAAAGUUUUUCCACAGAUACUUGAGUUUCACGGUCUUCUAGUAUGUAAUAACACUCAAGUCCACCCAGAGUGUCUCAACUAUCUGCUUGUCAAUCAUGCUUAAUUUUUUAUUUUCAUGCAUUUUAAUUUUUAUAUUUUUGUUAGUGUCUCUUUCUUAAAUCCUCACAUUUACUACUAUGUAAUAGCCACAGACAUGUAAUCCAGUUAUUCCAUCUUGACCCUGCCUUUUCUAACCCAAAAGAAAAAGAUUGUUCCUGUUAUUUUUAUUUCUUCUGUUAUUUGUGGGAUGAAUCAAAUCCCUUUAAAUAUCUUUGUUUAUGCCUUAUGUUCAGUCACUUUAAUUUGCUUCCUUCAUGUCGAAGCUGCUGAUUUCUCAGCCAAAAAGCAUCAUUUUAGAAUCUCCAAAUGCCUAAAGCAUCAUAAGUUCAGAAUUUAACAUCAACUCCUAUGUCAGAGUUGUGUUUCUUGUGUGUUGCCACAUCCUACUGCCCAGUUUAGUGAAUUCCUUUGCAAGAAUUUUUGGCUUCUAUUUUAAAGUUAUUUUUAAGCAUCUUUAUUGCAAAGACCUCAAGAAUUUAAACAUUAGCUUCUGUGUUUUCACUGUGAAGAAACAGAAUGGGAAAUAACAGUACAGAGCUGGACAUGGGGGUCCAUGUCUUUAAGCCCAGCACUUGGGAGGCAGAGGCAGGUGGAGCUUUGUAAGUUUGAGGCCAGCCUGCUUUAUCCAAGAAAUUCUAAGCCUAAAUAGAGAUACCCUGUUUCAAAAACCAAAACACACAACAAAGAUGACUCAGUGCUAAAAAGAUGGGUUCCCACCAGUUGAGAAACCUGUGAAAGAAUUCAUCCUUCCCCUGCUCUUUUAAACUUGAAGCACUUACAUGCAUCCUUCAUUAUUGUGGGACUUGUGCAGUCAGGGCUUUUUGUUGUUGUUGUUAUUGUUGUUGUUAUUGUUGUUUGGCAAGAAUAGAUGAGGCAAUGUUUGCCUAUUUAAAUGCUGUAACAGGCAAGUUAACUCUAGGGUUUUGGUCUGAGACAUUUGAUGAACACCUUCAACACUGAUUAAAAUAUUACUGAAUGCCUACUCUUAUCCUGAUUAUAAAUUUUCCAGAAUAAAUAGAUUAUUAGCUCAUAUAAUUGUUCAGAAUUGGAGAUGUACACAUACAUACCCUGUACCUAAAGGGCAAAAUAUCUUCACUGUAACGUGUGUGCUUCUACAAGGUGUUUUGCUUCUUGUAAAAGUGUUUUCCUUUGGCUUGUUACUGCCUUUUGUCAAAUAAUCUUAAUGAUGCUGUAUCAUAAUAAAUAUUUUCUAUUUAUUAAAUGUG